AAAAAACAAAUUGUAUACAUUACUAAGGAUAUGUGUUUGAAAAAAAAAAGAAUACGUGUAAAGGCCUACUAUGAAGACGUGUUAAAGAUUGAGAUGGUAUGGCAUAAAGGGGGUUGCUUAAAGGGAUACAGGUAUACGCGUAGUAGCACUCUGGUAUUGUCGCAGAAGACGUGUUCUAAAAUAUAAAAUAAAAAUUCGCGACCAAAAAAAUUACCAUUGUCACUUGGCCAACAAUUCACACCAUUGUUCACAAGCUGCAGGCCAUUUCCUCAUUCAUUGAUCUGCUUCCAUGACAGACACCGACAAUGUCAUAAAGCCCAUUCGCUACCGCUUCAAUUCCCAUAAUGCACAGCCCAUGAAGCGACGAAAAACACGGGUCACUAAACCACCAAAGAAACCCGCUGCAGCAGCUGGACCUUCUGUACGAGAGACCACGCCGUCAAGGAUAAACUUGUCUCAAAGUCUCACAAGCGGCAGUCGCACAACAGCUCCGUUAGGUGAUUGUGUUCUCUUUUUCGCGCAUCAGAAUGAAGAGGAACGGGAUGUUGGCAUGUCACAAGCUCGAUCAUUAGGAGCACAGUUGGCGCAAAGUGCGAAUGAAAGUACGCAUGUUGUUCUUCAUGUUCCACAUCCAAACAAAAAACAACAGCAACAAUUUCUCAGUUGGAGAGAAGAAGGGAAAUGGGUCGUUUCAUUGACGUGGGUACGUGCGUGUAUGUCCACAUGGUCCCAUCAAGCAGAGUUCAACUACCCUCCGGGACGCGGAGAUCAUUCUUUGGUUACCGGUGACCAGCAACGCCAUACAAUUAGUAUUAACCCCUUCCACCACCAUGAACCGCCACCUGCUGCAGAGGAUGAGUUGGAGCACCAAUCAAACAAUGAAACAUUAAAGUCCAGCACAUUGUCCUAUCACAGUGCCAUCGACUCCCAAACUACCUCUCCUCCACCACCUACAUCUAUUCAAAAGUUAGCAGAUAUAGCGGCUCAGUAUGAUCAACCCCUUCACUUAGACAGAGCUUCUUCAUCCACCAACAAAGUCCCUUCUAAUCAACAAAAGAUCAGGCACGCUAUGAUGGCACCUCACAGCAGCGACCCCAACAUCAAAAUCUGGACAGAGGAGAAGAUGACGCCUGAAGGAUUAAUGGAAAAACACCGUUCGGGCAGGCGGAAAUCCAUGAGACUCGGAUAUUCCAGAAAGUAAUGUUGCCUACUGGAGAAAUUAAAGGGCCUUUUGGCUAAUUCCCCAUAUAGAUAACCCCCCGCAAAAAAAGGCGCUGGUUUAAAGUUUUAUCCCACUGUAAAAUAGAAUAAAAUAAAAACCCUUACCCGCCAUCGCUUUUCCUCUUCA